AUGAAACGGGUAGUUGUUACUGGUCUUGGGCUUUUAACACCUCUUGGAACAGGCGUUAAACAUUGCUGGUCCCGUUUAUUGCGUGGAGAAAGUGGUAUUGUCUCUUUAAAAGGUCGAGAAGGAGAUGAGCGAUAUGAGAGAUUGCCAAGUAAAAUUGGGGGAAUUGUCCAGAAGGGAAGUUUUACAGAUGGCUUAUGGGAUUCUGAAGAAUGGAUUGAUAAAGAGGAUCGUCAUCGAAUGGCUACGUUUUCUCAAUAUGCAGUCUGUGCAUCGAUACAAGCGAUUAAUGAUGCAGGACUAGAUGGUUAUUCAGGAGAAUCAGUGGGUGUAUGUAUAGGUUCAGGCAUAGGAAGUCUGGAAGAUUUGGUAGAAAUGUCGAAUAAGUUUACACAAUAUGGUUGGAAGAAGGUUGUGCCGCUUUUUAUUCCAAAAAUUUUGGUGAAUAUGGCGGCGGGUUAUUUGGCAAUAAAAUAUGGGUUUCGUGGGCCUAAUCAUGCAUGUUCAACUGCAUGCAGUACUGGAAAUCAUGCUAUUGGAGACGCAUUUCGAUUUAUUCAAUAUGGAGAUGCUGAUAUUAUGGUUGCUGGAGGUUCUGAGGCGCCAAUACAUCCAUUAGCAAUUGCUGGAUUUUCUAGAAUCAAAAGUCUUGCGACAAAAUAUAAUGACAUGCCAUCAAAGUCGUCUAGACCAUUUGAUAGAGACCGUUGUGGAUUCGUUAUUGGUGAGGGCUCUGGGAUUGUUGUUUUAGAGGAAUUGGAGCAUGCUCGUGCUCGUGGUGCUAGAAUUUAUGCUGAAUUACGAGGAUAUGGAUUGUCUUGUGAUGCAUAUCAUAUUACAAGUCCCUCACAAGACGGAUUGGGUCCUCAGCUUUCUAUGAGGAAUGCUUUAAAACAUGCUCGUAUAAAUCCUUCAGAUGUUGAUUAUAUAAAUGCACAUGCUACGUCUACGCCAUUAGGUGAUAUGGUAGAAAACAAAGCUAUUAAAUGUGUUAUGCUAGGGCCUAAUGGAAAGUCAAAUGCUAAAGAAAUUAAUGUAUCAAGUACGAAAGGUGCUAUAGGACAUAUGCUCGGUGCUGCUGGUGCAGUUGAAUCUGUUUUUACUAUAUUAGCUAUUUAUCAUGGGGUAUUGCCACCUACAUUAAAUUUAGAAAAUCCAGGAGAACCUUCAGAAGAAUUUAAUUGUAAUUAUGUACCAUUGUAUGCUCAAGAAAGAAAAAUAAAAAUUGCAUUAACUAAUAGUUUUGGUUUUGGAGGAACUAAUGCAACAUUAUGCUUUACAGCGUAUAAUGAUUAA